AGGUUCAACCGUAGUCAUAGGCUGAACAUGGCUGCUAGUCGGACCCGGUAGGCUGCGACACCAUAGCAACUCCCCUUGACCCCUCCCUCCCUCAGUAUUCGCAGCAUCACCCUUUACACUGCACAUUCAUAUUUGGUCCUCCGGAAAUAUCCUCGGCUCGGGUAAGCCAGUCCCUAUGCAGCGAAUAUAUGGGGGGAGAAUAGUUUAAAAUACUGUUAAAAAUGUAUCGGCAGUAUGACGAGCAACCCCUCACACCUGCUGUUGAAGCAUAGCUUCAAUACAUCACGAUAAAGUUUUUUUGUUAAAGCUUUCGCGUUUCGCUAUUCGUGUUUCGAACCCUCGUCUCUAAAAUGGCUGGCCGUAGGUCCGAGAAUACUACGAUGGACAGAAAGGGAAGUGCUGAAGCGGCGGGCUCCAUUGUGGCUGUAGGUUCUCUACAGCGGAUGACGCGCUCAUGUUAGGCUCGUCCAAGGUUCGACUGGUGUCAACGCACACGCGCGCCGCCCUCCUGCUAUUGACAGCUCGGACCUCGGACCACGGUGCGUAAUGGCGUCCACCCUGCACCCAGUGUCUCUUUUUAUCCUUUGACCACUAUCAACCGGUUGGAUUUGGAGGAACACAAUUAGUUAUGCCCCACAAUGGAUUCCCAGUUGGCUGCAGCCCCGCCCAGCAGCAGCUCGGAUGACCAACAUGCUCACCCGCCUCUGGAGGAAUCGGGGCCCAGGGUGCUUGUCGGCCCACCAGACGAGACCUCGCCCAGCACUUUAGCCAGUGACCCACACCUCCUCCCCAUCACACCUGUGACACCCAGGCAUGUUUCAUCAGUUAAUGGAGAAACGUCUGCCUCGGGUGGUCCAUCCAAACAAGCCCCUCUAAAAACCUGCGAGAGUGAUGGACUCAAGCGGCCAAUUAAAGUCAAGACCGGCAUGCCUGUUUCAAACCCCCAACCAAUCAGAAUCAAAAUCAUUGUUCGGGGCAAAAAUCCGAUCAUAAGCACUACCACCAGCCUGACCAAAGAGUUUCGUCCCUCAGAGUUCACAAGAUCUGCGCCGUUCUCUCCCGAGACUGUUUCAACAGUCCUCGCCGACGACCAGAACCCUGAUGAAGCCCCACGCGCCCCAUCUCUAUCUGCCAUAAUGAACGAGCCCCGGACCUCAGAAGCUAUCCUUCAAAAAGUUGAAACACCCAUAGCAGGCUCGUCUGAUGGAGUGGGGAGCGAGGGCGUGGAGAAGACGACUGAAGGGGACAAAACAAAUCUUCUUAAUGACAGUACUGCUACCAAUCACAGCCCUGCCUCAGUUGACCCCCUGGGGCCCGGCAGGCCUACGGAGGGAGGGGGGGCGAUCGAAUGCGAAGCCACUGUACCUCUCAAUCUGCAGAGAGUCGAUCUGAAGGUGGUGGAGGCGGAGGUGGAGGCGGAGGGGGAGGCGACGGAGGAACAGACCGAACCACUGGACCUCAGCCUGCCCCUGAGGAGAAGGGACGCUGACGGUGGGAGCGGAGGGUGCCCGUGGGAGGACUCCGGCUGUGAGAGCUCACUGAUUAUGGAGGUGGACGAGUUCGAGGGGGAGGGAGACCGAGACGUGGUGGAAGAGGAUGAUGACGAGGCGGAUGAUGAUGGUGUGGUCCGGAAAGGCGACCAAACGUUUAGCGCACCCGGCGCGGAUUCUUUUGGAGACUCGAUCCUGUCUCCUUCGUUCUUCUCUACCUCCGUGUUUGCCUCCCUGUCCUCGAUAGACUCUGACAAUGACAAUUUUCUCUUCAUAGAUGACCAGGGAAUCCCGUAUAAUCUCAGUCCAGAAGGACACAAAGUGCCCCAAAUAGACACCUCCACGCUGGACGGCGGGCCGCUCUCAGGUCGCCCCGUGACUCGGUCCCUGUCCCUUCACGGAAAGAGGACAGAGCCAUCGCAGCGGGUCACUUUAUUAGCCUCUAGCCUCGGCCAAAGUUUAGGGACCCCAUCGCACGCGCUCAUCGCUCCUUGUGAUAACCUGCUGUCCUCACCACAGACCUCGGCCCCCGAGUCCCCACCUCAGAGCGCCCAACCUUUAAAGGGUGCGGAGCUGUCGACGGGGGCACCGGCCACAAAGAACUCAGACUCCUCCAGGGCAGCCGAGCCCUGUGGGACCACCGCCGGGGGGACUGGGCCCGCGGCGGCAGCGAACCAAACCGUGCAGAUCCUCACCAACCCAUCGGGGAACGCGCCUAUUCUCUUCCUCUCCCCCCCUUCCACCUCCACCCAGUUCUCCUCGUCUCCAGUGGGACUUUCACUGCCCCUCUCCCUGACACAGAGCUCCGCCCCUGCCUCCACCCCCAUGCUCCUCCUCCUGUCCUCUGUCUCCUCCACCUCCGGUCCGUCCCUCGCUCUCCUGGACCCCUCCACCGGUCAGCUCUCCCAGAUCACUGCAGCCAGCUCCGGCCCCCUCCCCUUCCCGGCUCUGUCUGCGGGUCAGCUCAGCAGCCCGGGCCCCCCCUCUGUGCUCUCCUAUCCCAUGAUCCAGCUCGGCCCCAACAACGCCUCUGUGGUCCUAUCCGGAGUGGGUAACACCCGGACCCCUAACCCGGUCGCCCUGACCUCCUCCUCCUCCCCCGCCAUCGCCGCCGUCACCCCCACCCUCCAGACCACCAGCCUCAUCCCCUCCUCUGGGACCCUCCGCCAUGUGCCCCCCCUCGGUCCGACGCAGGCCGAGUCCUCCGACGCUCCCGUGGAAGCAGAAGUCAUAUCUAAGGAAGGAAACACCAAGCCAUCCCCCUUUACGUCAGGAAGCCCUCCUCCGCUACAGAACUACAACAUGACCUUUGACCUUUUAGACCCCCUGAGUCCGCCGGCGGAGGCGGACCCCUCCUCGGGAUCGGAGCACGGGACGGACCCGUCGACCCGUCACGGGACGGACCCAGUCCCGCUGGAGGACCACCUGUACUUCUCCAGCAUGGCACCGCCUUCCCCGUCCAUCUUCACCAGCAGCCAGCUGGACUCCAUGGACCCCCUGGACCCCCUGGACCCCCUGUCCCCGUCCUCCUCCCCCAACUCCCUGGGGCCCCGCAAGAUCCUGUACUGCCAGCUGUGUCCGCGGGUCUUCUUCUACUCGUCGGACCUGGAGCGCCACGCCAUCACCCACUCCCAGAAGAAGCCUCACGUGUGUCAGCAGUGUGGCAAAGCCUUUAAACGCUCCAGCCAUCUGCAGCGACACAAACACAUCCACACGGGCCAGAGGAACUACGUGUGCCCCAUCUGUGCCAAGCGCUUCCGGGAGGCGGGCGAGCUGCAGCGCCACCAGCGGGUGCACACCGGGGAGAAGCCCUACCAGUGCCCACUGUGCCACACGCGCUUCGCCGAGCGCAACACGCUGCGCCGACACACCAAGCGCAAGCACCCCUACCACCAGGUUGCCAUGGAGAUGCUGAGCGAGAAGAGAGGAGCCGGGGCGGGCGGGGGAGACGACGGAGGCGGAGGGAUCCACCAGGAGGAGGAGGAGGAGAGCGCUGAGUGGUACAGCUCCUCCGUCUCCCACCUGGACGGCACGGAGGCGUACAUGGAGACCUGAAGCGCGGCGGGGGGUCCUGGAGAAAG